AUGAACUUUCGCGAGAGAGGGGAGAAUAACGACAAGAAAGAGCGGAGAGGAGAGACAAGAACAAAGAGAAGCGCGAGCGCGAGCCCCAAGACGCCGCGCGCCGGCCACGAACAUAAGAGGAGACGAGAAAAGAAAGAAGAGCCGCGCGCAAGCACAAAAGCAGAACGCACACCGAAAACAAGCCCCGGAGGCGGAACGCGAAGAACGAAAAAAGGGAGACGACAGACCACGGCAGCAAAAGGGGGCAGGAGCAACGAACAACGCGACAGAGAUGGUAGAUCCACAAGAGCAGAGAGAGCGCCCAGCCCAAAGAGGCGACGAAGAGAAAGCAAAAAAGGAGACGAGGAGGAGAGGAAGAGAGAAACGAAAAAGCAAGAGAGAGAGAGCGAGAAAGCCAAAGCGCGCGCGAAAGAAGACGCGAGAGGUAAAGCAAAAAACAAGGGGAUGACAGAAGAAUACUAAGAAACAAGGGAGCGAAGGAGAACAGAAAAAACGGGGGAAGACGAAAGCCCCAAGUAGAUAUAGAGCGCAGCAAGUCAACACAUGAUCGAUAUAAUUAUAUCUUGUCUCUCUAUCUACACACUCACAACAUCUAUCUCUCCCUCACUACCUAUUCUUUCCCUCCAACAACUGUCUCUAACUACACUCCCCACUGCUCUCCCUCCCUCCACACCCCUGCUCUCUGAUCGCGCUCUUUCCUCUCCUCCCAACUCGCUCUCUAUCUCCCUCCCCAUCGCGCUCUAUCUCGCCCUACCCACUCUCUCUCUCCCUCCCCUACUCUCUCGCCCUCCAAACCACUGUAGUGUCUCACCUCACCAACUCGCUCUACGCUCUCCCUCACAAAUGUCUCUCCAUUACCUGCCAACAAUGGGGGCGAGAGCACGAGAAAAAGGAAACGUAAGCGAGCGCGCAACAGAACAACUAGAGGGACGAGCGCUCCCGAAACCAUAGCGCGGAGCGAUAUAGAUACAAAAGAGAGACGGAGAGAGGGAAGCAAACAAGAGAGAGAGAGCAGAAAUACAAAAAGAGAGAGAGAGAGAGAGAGAGGAGUUAGAGACGAGAGAAAGAAGAGAGAGAGAAAGAAAAAAGAGAGAGAGCGAGUAAAUACAAAAAGAGAGCGAGAAAGAAUAAGAGCGAUGAUACAGAAGCUAAAAGAUAGAUCAUAUCUAAAACAAAAUUGUCUCUAAACUCAACAACGUAUCUAUCAACCUAUUCUCUAGAUAGCUACAUAUAAACAAUGGAUAGAGCAAGAAAAACAGAGUAGCGAGAAAGAAACCACUAUGAUAGACUGAAAGAAUAAAAGAGGGAUUGGUUAACUAACAGAAAAUAUGAGAGUAAGAACAAAAACAAGAGCGCGAGAGAGCAGCAACCAAAGGGUAGAGAGAAAGAAAAAAGAGAGAGAGAAAAGAGAGUAGAGAGAGAGAGGAUUCCCUAUACUCACCUCGCUCUCUCUCUCCGCCCCACACGCUCUCUCCACUCCCCACUCUUCUCUCUCGCUCUCUACCUCCCACUCUCCUCCCCACUGUCUCUCCCUCCCCUUCCCCACGUUCUCUCCCUCCCCACUGUUUCUUCCACACUCACGUAGGCAUUGCAUAUUCCGUCUCUCACAGAGAUUGCAGUGCUUCAGGACAGUAUUCACAGCCCUUGACUUUUCCACAUUUGUUGUUCCAGCCCUCAAUUUAAAAAUUGAUUAAAUUGAGAUGUUUGUGAACGGGCCUACACAACAAUACCCAUAAUGUUAAAGUGAAUUAUGUUUUUUAGAAAUUGUUAAAAAUUAUAAAAAACUGAAAAGCUGCUGAAAUAUCUGAGUCAAUAAGGAUUCAACCCAUUGUUAUGGCCAAGGGGCUAACUAAUCAGGAGUAAACAUUUGGCUUAUAACAAGUACAUAAUAAGUGGAUGGAUCAUUCUGUGUGCCAUAAUAGUUGUUGGUGUAACAUGGAUUUCGGAAUGACUACCUAAUCUUUGUACCCCACACAUACAAUUAUCUGUAAGGUCCUCAGUUCGAGCAGUGAAUUAUGUCUUGGAGGGCUGGGAGUUAAAAAUGUUUUAUUAUUUAUUAUAAAAAACAGACAAAUUCACCUUUUCAGCAGGAACAAUAAACCUAAAAACACAAGGCACAAUUAUAAACUAGGUUGUUUGUUCGAGCCAUGACGCUGAUUGGCUGACCAGCCGUGGAUUUCAGACCAUAUCAAGUAUGACAAAACAUUUAUUUUUACGAACUAAUUACGUUGGUAACCAGCUUUAAAUAGCAAUAGGAACCUUGAUGGGUUUGUGAUAUAAGCCCAAUAAGGGCUGUAUCCAGGCACUCCGCGUUGCGGUAGGGCUUAAGAAAACAGCCCUAGCCGUGGGUUAAUUGGCCAUAUACAGUGCCUUCGGAAAGUAAGAUUCAGACCUUGAUUUUUCCACAUUUUGUUAAAUUACAGCCUUAUUCUAAAAAGGAUUAAAUAAUGUUUUCCCUCAGCAAUCUACACACAACACCAUAAUGACAAAGUGAACACAGGUUUUUAUAAAGGUUGCAAAUUUAUACAAAAAUAAUAACAGAUAUAUUAUUACAUAAGUAUCAGGGACCCUUUGCAUAUGAGACUUGAAAUUGAGCCUUCAGGGCAUUCCUGUUCUGUCAUUGAUCUCCUUGAGAUGUUUUACAACUUUGAUGGAAGUCCACAAUGUUGGUAAAUUCAAUUGAUUGGACAUGAUUUGGGAAAGAACCACACUGUCUAUAUAAGGUCCACAGUGACAGUGACUGUCGAGCAAAAAAACAGCCAUGGAGGUGAAGGAAUGAUGGAGAAGUGGCCAAGACUGAAGCCACUCCUCAGUAAAAAAAACACAUGACGGCCCGCUUGAGUUUGCCUCUUAAAGACUAUCAGGACCAUGAAAAAAACUAUUCUCUGGUCUGAGAAACCAUAGCUGAACUCUUUUGCCUGCAUGCCAAGCGUCACGUCUGGCAGGAAACCUGGCCUUUUAGAAUAAGGGCCCUGUAACUAACAAUGUGGGAAAAAGCCAAGGGGUCGAAUACACUGUACCACAUACCUAGGGCCCUUAUGAUGAAAUAUUACACUGGAGUUGCUUUACCAAGACCACGUUGAAUGUUCACUCAGUGGCCUAGUGACAGUUUUGAUUUAAAUCGGCUUGAGAUCUAUAGCAAAGACUUGAAAAUCUGUUCGGAAUGAUCAACAACCCAAUUCGACAGAGAGCUUGAAGGAUUUUUAAAAAGGAAUCAUGGGAAAAAUAUUGCACAAUCAAGGUGUGAAAAGAUCUUAGAGCUUACCAGGCAGACUGAACAGCGUAAUCGCUGCCCCAACGGUGUUAUAACCAUCUAUUUCAGUCAUGGGUUUGAACACUAAUGUUAAUGAGAGUAUUUCUGCAUUUAUUUUCAAUACAUAGCAACUUUCGACAAACAUGUUUUCAACUUUGUCAUUAUGGGUAUCGUGUUUGUAGAGGCAGAGGGGAUGGGGGGGGGGGGGGAAUCGAUUCAUCCAUUUUGAAUCAAGCUGUUUAGAAUGAAGUCUAUGAGUACUUUUACUUGGGGACAGGCACGUAUAUUAUGUCGGCCAAAACGUAGAGGCUAGCGUGGCGCAUUUUAAGGGUGUUGGUUUGUGUAAGUAGUUGUGAAUAGUUGUCUGUGAGACGUGUAUGACGAUGAUUGGCUAUCAAAGACUAGCAGACCGUUAGGUUUAUUGGGAAUGAAUUUUCUACUCUUAAUCCUAAAACCUUUAAGGCGUAGAGUUCUGAUCUAACGAUAAAGGUCGGCCCUCUCCAUGUCAUCUUAUCAUUAUGAGGAAACUUGGUUGAAUACGGGCCCCGGUAUUCUAUACACUUGGUGAAUACGGGCCCCGGUAUUCUAACACUUGGUGAAUAAGGGCCCCGGUAUUCUAUCCACUUGGUGAAUACGGGCACCGGAUUAUAUACACUUGGUGAAUACGGGCCCCGGAUUUCUAUACACUUGGUGAAUACGGGCCCCGGUAUUAUAUACCUUGGUGACAUAAGGGACCCCCGGUAUUUUACACUUGGUGAAUACGGGCCCGGUAUAUUCUAUUACACGGGUGAAUACGGGCCCCGGUAUUCUAUACACUCCUGCCUCUUAUAAGCUCUGCACUGAUCUUUUCUGUCAGACCAAAACAGGGUUGUGAACCAGGAUUUUAAACCAAGGCAGGGUGGGGGGUCUCAUCAUAAGUUGCACUCUGUGUGUCUGUCUCUGUCAGUCAACUGCUGUGUAGUAUAUGUCUGGCUAGCAGUCUGUUUUCUGUAUAGUGAGUCUGUCUAGUGGUAAGUUUAGUCUCUGUCUAGGGUAGUCUUGGUCGUCUAGAGUCUGUCUUGUCUAGUGUAGUCUUGUUGUUUAGACAUAGUCUGUACUUCAAGCAUGCACAAAGUCUGUCUCUGUCUGUUGUAGUUCUGUUGAGGUAGUCUGUUUACUGUCUAGUGUUUAGUCUGUCUGGGUCGUCUGUUUAUGUCUAGUGUAGUCUGUUAGUGUAGUCUAUGUCUAGUGUAGUCGUUGUAUUUUUGUCUUGUGUAAGUCUCUGUCUGUGUAUGGAGUCUGUAUCUGUGCUAGUGUAGUCUCUGUCUAGUGUUAGUCUGUCUAGUGUAGGUCUUUUAGUGUGUCUGUCUAGUGUAGUCUGUCUAGUGUUAGGCUGUUAUGUCAGUGUAGUCUGCUCUGGUGUUAUGUAGUCUGUCUAGUGUAGUCCUGUUAGUGUAUAGGUCUGUAGUGUAGUCGGUCUAGUGUAGUCUGUCUCGUGGUAGUCUCUCGUCUAGUGUCGUCUGUCUAGUGACUUGUAGUAUGUCUAGUGUAGUCUGUCUAGUGUAGUUUCUGUUAGUGGAUAGUCUGUCUAGUGUGUAUGUUUGAUGAAUAUCUUGAGUCAUAAGGAUUCAACCCCUUUGUUAUGGCAAGGCUAAAUAAGUUCAGGAGUAAAACAUUUGCUUAACAAGUCACAUAAUAAGUUGCAUGGACUCAUUCUGUGUGCAAUAAUAGUGUAACAUGAUUUCUGAAUGACUACCUCAUCUUUGUACCCCACACAUACAAUUAUCUGUAAGGUCCCUCAGUCGAGCAGUGAAUUUCAUGUCAUUGGGAGGGCUAGGGAGUUAAAAAAUGUUUUUAUUAUUAUUAUUAUUAUUAUAAAAAACAGACAAAUUCACCUUUUCAGCAGGACAAUAACCUAAAACACAAGGCCAAUUAUAAACUAGGUUGUUCGAGCCCUGAAUGCUGAUUGGCUGACAGCCGUGGAAUAUCAGACCAUAUACCACAGGUAUGACAAAACAUUUAUUUUUACUGAACUAAUUACGUUGGUAACCAGUUUAUAAUAGCAAUAAGGCACCUUGUGGGUUUGUGAUAUAUAGCCAAUAAGGGCUGUAUCCAGGCACUCCGCGUUGCGUCGGGCUUAAGAACAGCCCUUAGCCGUGGUAUAUUGGCCAUAUACAGUGCCUUCGGAAAGUAUUCAGACCCCUUGACUUUUUCCACAUUUUGUUAAAUUACAGCCUUAUUCUAAAAUGGAUUAAAUAAUUGUUUUCCCUCAGCAAUCUACACACAAUACCCCAUAAUGCCAAAGUGAAAACAGGUUUUUAUAAAUGUUUGCAAAUUUAUACAAAAAUAAUAAACAUAUCUUAUUUACAUAAGUAUUCAGACCCUUUGCUAUGAGACUUGAAAUUGAGCUCAGGUGCAUCCUGUUUCCAUUGAUCAUCCUUGAGAUGUUUCUACAACUUUGAUUGGAGUCCACCUGUGAUAAAUUCAAUUGAUUGGACAUGAUUUGGAAAGACACACACCUGUCUAUAUAAGGUCCCACAGUUGACAGUGCAUGUCAGAGCAAAAAACCAAGCCAUGAGGUCGAAGGAAUGAUGGUAGAGUGGCCAGACUGAAGCCACUCCUCAGUAAAAAACACAUGACGGCCCGCUUGGAGUUUGCCUAAAGACUCUCAGAUCAUGAAAAAAACAAUUCUCUGGUCUGAUGAAACCAAGCUUGAACUCUUUGGCCUGAAUGCCAAGCGUCACGUCUGGAGGAAACCUGGCCAUUUUAGAAUAAGACUGUAACGUAACAAUGUGGAAAAAGCCAAGGGGUCUGAAUACACUGUACCACAUCCCCUCGGGCCUUAUUGAUGAAAUAUACACUGGAGUUGCUUACCAAGACCACGUUGAAUGUUCCUGAGUGGCCUAGUUACAGUUUUGAUUUAAAUCGGCUUGAGAAUCUAUGGCAAGACUUGAAAAUUGCUGUCUAGCAAUGAUCAACAACCAAUUCGACAGAGCUUGAAGAAUAAAUAAAAAAAAUCAUGGGAAAAUAUUGCACAAUCAAGGUGUGAAAAGCUCUUAGAGACUCACCCAGAAAGACUGACCGCUGUAAUGGCUGCCAACGGUGAUUCUAUAGAGACUUACCCAGAAAGACUGACAGCUGUAAUCGCUGCCAACGGUGAUUCUAUAGAGACUUACCCAGAAAAGACUGACCGCUGUAAUCGCUUGCCAACGGUGAUUCUAUAGAGACUUACUCAGAAAGACUGACAGCUGUAAUCGCUGCCAACGGUGAUUCUAUAGAGACUUACCCAGAAAGACUGACAGCUGUAAUCGCUGCCAACGGUGAUUCUAUAGAGACUUACCCAGAAAGACUGACCGCUGUAAUCGCUGCCAACGGUGAUUCUAUAGAGACUUACCCAGGAAGACUGACAGCUGUAAUCGCUGCCAACGGUGAUUCUAUAGAGACUUACCCAGAAAGACUGACAGCUGUAAUCGCUGCCAACGGUGAUUCUAUAGAGACUUACCCAGGAAGACUGACAGCUGUAAUCGCUGCCAACGGUGAUUCUAUAGAGACUUACCCAGAAAGACUGACAGCUGUAAUCGCUGCCAACGGUGAUUCUAUAGAGACUUACCCAGAAAGACUGACAGCUGUAAUCGCUGCCAACGGUGAUUCUAUAGAGACUUACCCAGAAAGACUGACAGCUGUAAUCGCUGCCAACGGUGAUUCUAUAGAGACUUACCCAGGAAGACUGACAGCUGUAAUCGCUGCCAACGGUGAUUCUAUAGAGACUUACCCAGAAAGACUGACAGCUGUAAUCGCUGCCAACGGUGAUUCUAUAGAGACUUACCCAGAAAGACUGACAGCUGUAAUCGCUGCCAACGGUGAUUCUAACAUGUAUUCAGUCAGGGGUGUGAACAGUCAUGUUAAUGAGAUAUUUCUGCAUUUCAUUUUCAAUAUAUUAGCAAACAUAUCUACAAACAUGUUUUCACUUUGUCAUUAUGGGGUAUCGUGUGUAGAUGGCAGAGGGGGGACGGGGGGGAAUCGAUUUCAUCCAUUUUGAAUUCAAGCUGUAGAAUAAGUCUGAGUACUUUCUGAAGGCUCUGUAUAUUAUGUAGGCCAACGCUAUGAGGCUCUGUAUAUUAUGUAGGCCAACGCUAUGAGGCUCUGUAUAUUAUGUAGGCCAACGCUAUGAGGCUAGCGCUAUGAGGCUAGCGUGGCGCAUUUUAAGGGUGUAAGUAGUUGUGAAUAGUUGUCUGUGAGAUGUGUAUGACUAUGAUUGGCCUCUCACCAGACUAGCAGACCGUAGCUUUAUUAGGAAUGCUAUUUUCUACUCUUCAUAUCCAUAAAACCUUCUCAGAGUAGGAUCUAGGAUCAGGUCGGCCCUCUCCAUGUUAAUCUUAUUCAUUAUGAGACACUUGGUGAAUACGGGCCCCGGUAUUCUAUACACUUGGUGAAUACGGGCCCCGGUAUUCUAUACACUUGGUGAAUACGGGCCCCGGUAUUCUAUACACUUGGUGAAUACGGGCCCCGGUAUUCUAUACACUUGGUGAAUACGGGCCCCGGUAUUCUAUACACUUGGUGAAUACGGGCCCCGGUAUUCUAUACACUUGGUGAAUACGGGCCCCGGUAUUCUAUACACUUGGUGAAUACGGGCCCCGGUAUUCUAUACACUCCUGCCUCUAUAGCCUCUGCACUGUCUUUCUGUCAGACCAAAACUAGUGUUGAACCAGGGAUUUUAAACCAAGGCCGGGUCUCAUCAUAAGUGCACUCUGUGUGUCCUGUCUCUGUCAGUCAACUGCUAGUGUAGUCUCUGUCUGUCUAGCAGUCUGUCUUUCUGUCUAGCGUAGUCUGUCUGUGUUUCUGUCUAGUGUAGUCUGUCUGUGUUUCUGUCUAGUGUAGUCUGUCUAGUGUAGUCUGUCUUGUGUAGUCUGUCUCUGUCUAGUGUAGUCUGUCUUGUGUAGUCUGUCUCUGUCUAGUGUAGUCUGUCUCUGUCUAGUGUAGUCUGUCUCUGUCUAGUGUAGUCUGUCUAGUGUAGUCUGUCUAGUGUAGUCUGUCUAGUGUAGUCUCUGUCUAGUGUAGUCUGUCUCUGUCUAGUGUAGUCUCUGUCUAGUGUAGUCUGUCUCUGUCUAGUGUAGUCUGUCUAGUGUAGUCUCUGUCUAGUGUAGUCUGUCUAGUGUAGUCUGUCUAGUGUAGUCUCUGUCUAGUGUAGUCUGUCUCUGUCUAGUGUAGUCUCUGUCUAGUGUAGUCUCUGUCUAGUGUAGUCUCUGUCUAGUGUAGUCUCUGUCUAGUGUAGUCUGUCUAGUGUAGUCUCUGUCUAGUGUAGUCUGUCUCUGUCUAGUGUAGUCUCUGUCUAGUGUAGUCUGUCUGUGUUUCUGUCUAGUGUAGUCUCUGUCUAGUGUAGUCUCUGUCUAGUGUAGUCUGUCUCUGUCUAGUGUAGUCUGUCUAGUGUAGUCUGUCUAGUGUAGUCUGUCUGUGUUUCUGUCUAGUGUAGUCUGUCUAGUGUAGUCUGUCUCUGUCUAGUGUAGUCUGUCUCUGUCUAGUGUAGUCUGUCUAGUGUAGUCUGUCUAGUGUAGUCUGUCUAGUGUAGUCUGUCUAGUGUAGUCUCUGUCUAGUGUAGUCUGUCUCUGUCUAGUGUAGUCUGUCUAGUGUAGUCUCUGUCUAGUGUAGUCUGUCUCUGUCUAGUGUAGUCUGUCUAGUGUAGUCUGUCUCUGUCUAGUGUAGUCUGUCUAGUGUAGUCUGUCUGUAUUUCUGUCUAGUGUAGUCUGUCUGUCUCUAGUGUAGCAGUUGAGUCAUGUUUUAUUUGAUCAGAUAUUUCUUGUCACUGACUUUCUCUCUCCUCUCUCUUCCCCUUCUCUCUCCCUUCUCUCUCCCCUUCUCUCCCCCUUCUCUCCCCCUCUCUUAGACUGGUGAGGCUGUGCGUGAGCAAAGGAGUGUGUGAGAGAGACUGAAAGAGAGAGACCGAGGGAGUUGUCUUCAUGGCAGCUGAGGCGCAGAGACAGCGUUCUCUCUCUACGUCAGGAGACUCGCUCUACUUGGUCCUGGGGAUCGACAAGAAUGCCACCCCAGAGGACAUCAAGAAGUCCUACAGGUAACAGGGUAACGAUCUACACCACUAGCCACACUAGAGGACAUCAAGAAGUCCUACAGGUAACAGGUUAACAAUCUACACCACUAGCCACAGCAGAGGACAUCAAGAAGUCCUACAGGUAACAGGGUAACGAUCUACACCACUAGCCACACUAGAGGACAUCAAGAAGUCCUACAGGUAACAGGGUAACGAUCUACACCACUAGCCACACUAGAGGACAUCAAGAAGUCCUACAGGUAACAGGGUAACGAUCUACACCACUAGCCACACUAGAGGACAUCAAGAAGUCCUACAGGUAACAGGGUAACGAUCUACACCACUAGCCACCCCAGAGGACAUCAAGAAGUCCUACAGGUAACAGGGUAACGAUCUACACCACUAGCCACACUAGAGGACAUCAAGAAGUCCUACAGGUAACAGGGUAACGAUCUACACCACUAGCCACACUAGAGGACAUCAAGAAGUCCUACAGGUAACAGGGUAACGAUCUACACCACUAGCCACACUAGAGGACAUCAAGAAGUCCUACAGGUAACAGGGUAACGAUCUACACCACUAGCCACCCCAGAGGACAUCAAGAAGUCCUACAGGUAACAGGGUAACGAUCUACACCACUAGCCACACUAGAGGACAUCAAGAAGUCCUACAGGUAACAGGGUAACGAUCUACACCACUAGCCACAGCAGAGGACAUCAAGAAGUCCUACAGGUAACAGGGUAACGAUCUACACCACUAGCCACACCAGAGGACAUCAAGAAGUCCUACAGGUAACAGGUUAACAAUCUACACCACUAGCCACCCCAGAGGACAUCAAGUCCUACAGGUAACAGGUUAACGAUCUACACCACUAGCCACACUAGAGGACAUCAACAAGUGCUCCAGGCAGAUGUACUACAUAAUACAGUGUAGGACAUACAGUGAAUUCAGAAAGUAUUCAGACCCCUUGACUUUUUCCACAUUUUGUUAUGUUACAGCCUUAUUCUAAAAUUGAUUAAAUUCAUGUUUUUUCCUCAGCAAUCUACACGCAAUACCCCAUAAUGACAAAGCGAAAACAGGUUUUUAGAAAUGUUUGCAAAUUUAUUCAAAAUAAGAAACAGAAAUACCUUAUUUACAUAAGUAUUCAGACCCUUUGCUGUAAGACUCGACAUUGAGCUCAGGUGCAUCCUGUUUGCAUUGAUCAUCCUUUAGAUGUUUCUACAACUUGAUUGGAGUCCACCUGUGGUAAAUUCAAUUGAUUGGACAUGAUUUGGAAAGGCACACACCUGUCUAUAUAAGGUCCCACAGUUGACAGUGCAUGUCAGAGUAAAACCCAAGCCAUGAGGUCGAAGGAAUUGUCCUUAGAGCUCCAAGACAGGAUUGUGUCGAGGCACAGAUCUGGGGAAGGGUACCAAAACAUUUCUGCAGCAUUGAAGGUCCCCAAGAACACAGUGGCCUCCAUCAUUCUUAAAUGGAAGAAGUUUGGAACCACCAAUACUCUUCCUAGAGCUGGCUGCCCGGCCAAACUGAGCAAUCUGGGGAGAAGGGCCUUGGUCAGGGAGGUGACCAAGAACCCAAUGGUCACUCUGACAGAGCUCCAGAGUUCCUCUGUGGAGAUGGGAGAACCUUCCAGAAGGACAACCAUCUCUGCAGCACUCCACCAAUCAGGCCUUUACAGAAGCCACUCCUCGGUAAAAGGCACAUUACAGCCCGCUUGGAGUUUGCCAAAAGGCACCUAAAGACUCUCAGACCAUGAGAAACAAGAUUCUCUGGUCUGAUGAAACCAAGAUUGAAUUCUUUGGCCUGAAUUCCAAGCAUCACGUCUGGAGGAAACCUGGCACCAUCCCUACGGUGAAGCAUGGUGGUGGCAGCAUCAUGCUGUGGGAAUGUUUUUCAGCUGAAGGGACUGGGAGAUGUCAGGAUCGAGGGAAAGAUGAAAGGAGCAAAGUACAGAGAGAUCCUUGAUGAAAACCUGCUCCAGAGCGCUCAGGACCUCAGACUGGGGUGAAGGUUCACCUUCCAACAGGACAACGACCCUAAGCACACAGUCAAGACAACGCAGGAGUGGCUUCGGGACAAGUCUCUGAAUGUCCUUGAGUGGCCCAGCCAGAGCCCGGACUUGAACCAGAUCGAACAUCUCUGGAGAGACCUGAAAAUAGCUGUGCAGCGACGCUCCCCAUCCAACCUGACAGAGCUUGAGAGGAUAUGCAGAGAAGAAUGGGAGAAACUCCCCAAAUACAGGUGUGCCAAGCUUGUAGCGUCAUACCCAAGAAGACUCUAUGCUGUAAUCGCUGCCAAAGGUGCUUCAACAAAGUUCUGAGUAAAGGGUCUGAAUACUUAUGUAAAUGUGAAAUUUCAGUUAUUUUGUUUUUUGCAAACAUUUCUACAAACCUGUUUUUGCUUUGUCAUUAUGGGGUAUUGUGUGUAGAUUGAUGAGGGGGGAAAAAAACAAUUUAAUCAAUUUUAGAUGAAGGCACUGUAUUACAGUGUAGUAGUACAUAGUACAGUGUAGUACUACAUAGUACAGUGUAGUAGUACAUAGUACAGUGUAGUAGUACAUAGUACAGUGUAGUACUACAUAGUCCAGCAGAAUACGCCUGUCUCCUCUGUCCAGGUGAAAGCCAGCCUAAGGAUGAGCUCCUUCCACCAUGUUGUCUUCACCUUUCCCCAUCAGUGGAAGUAAUGGGGAGGAAGCGAGGACAGAUUUUUAAGUCAUUGAGACAGAGCCUCUCUCUUCCUCUUGGGGGUCAGCUCAGCUGUAAUGGAGCCAGUUGUAGAAACUAAAUCACACUCCUCAAGCCUGCCAGGCAGCACUUCAACAGUGAUAGUCACAAAGUCAUUGUCUGUCUAAUGUAGAAGGCUGGAUUUGUGGUCUAGACGCUAAUUUGAUGUAGGGAAUGUGACCAAGAGGAGGGAGUGACUUCCUGUUAUCACUGUUCACUAUGAGACACCGUCCACUAGACUUCCUGUUAUCACUGUUCACUAUGAGACACAUUCCACUAGACUUCCUGUUAUCACUGUUCACUAUGAGACACAGUCCACUAGACUUCCUGUUAUCACUGUUCACUAUGAGACACAUUCCACUAGACUUCCUGUUAUCACUGUUCACUAUGAGACACAGUCCACUAGACUUCCUGUUAUCACUGUUCACUAUGAGAUACAGUCCACUAGACUUCCUGUUAUCACUGUUCACUAUGAGACACAGUCCACUAGACUUCCUGUUAUCACUGUUCACUAUGAGACACAGUCCACUAGACUUCCUGUUAUCACUGUUCACUAUGAGACACAGUCCACUAGACUUCCUGUUAUCACUGUUCCCUAUGAGACACAGUCCACUAGACUUCCUGUUAUCACUGUUCACUACGAGACACAGUCCACUAGACUUCCUGUUAUCACUGUUCACUAUGAGACACAGUCCACUAGACUUCCUGUUAUCACUGUUCCCUAUGAGACACAGUCCACUAGACUUCCUGUUAUCACUGUUCCCUAGAGGGCAACAGAGAUGUGGUGCAAGAUGGCUGAACAUUGCAAAUAUGGGACAGAAGUGAUGAGGUUACAAUAUGAUCGGGCUGAAUUUGUCUUUGGCUGAAACGCGCUACAUUUUAUUUGUUUCAUCAUUCUAUCAUUGUUUCUGUCAUAACCUCAUCCUCUCUGUUCUCCGUCCAAUCAGGAAACUGGCUCUGAAGUUCCACCCAGACAAGAACCCAGACAACCCCGAGGCUGCUGAUAAGUUUAAGGAAAUCAAUAACGCCCACGCCAUCCUGAACGACUGUACCAAGAGGAACAUCUAUGAUAAGUACGGCUCUCUGGGACUCUAUGUGGCCGAGCAGUUUGGAGAGGACAACGUCAACACCUACUUUGUCCUCUCCUCCUGGUGGGCUAAGGUAAGACAACGUGUGUCUCUGUCUCUGAUCGCCAAAUGGUACCCUAGUAAAUGUAGUGAUAGAUGUGGAGUUGUGAUGAGUCCCCAGUAAAUGUAGUGAUAGAUGUGGAGUUGUGAUGAGUCCCCAGUAAAUGUAGUGAUAGAUGUGGAGUUGUGAUGAGUCCCCAGUAAAUGUAGUGAUAGAUGUGGAGUUGUGAUGAGUCCCCAGUAAAUGUAGUGAUAGAUGCGGAGUUGUGAUGAGUCCCUAGUAAAUGUAGUGAUAGAUGUGGAGUUGUGAUGAGUCCCCAGUACAUUUUGUGAUAGAUGUGGAGUUGUGAUGAGUCCCCAGUACAUUUCACCCCUCAAGAUCAGUUUGUGUGUCUCAUCUCUCACCUCCUUCCCUCUCCCUGACGGUCUCCUCUGUCUGCAGGGCCUGUUCAUCUUCUGUGGCUUGGCCACUGGCUGCUACUUCUGCUGCUGUUUGUGCUGCUGCUGUAACUGCUGCUGUGGGAAGUGUAAACCGCGGCCGCCCAUGGACCAGGAACCAGAGUUCUACGUCUCCCCUGAAGACCUGGAGGCACAGAUGCAGUCUGACGAGAGAGGUGAGGAGUUUAAUUAAUCAAUCAAUCAAUCAAUCAAUCAAUCAAUAGAACUAAAGAUGAGAGGUGAGGAGUUUAAUCAAUAAGUCUUUUUUUAAGUAGAGUGGAUUUUCACUUGGUUGAAUGAAGGGAAGACCGAUAGAGAGGAUUUGAUCCCAGGCAGGCAGGGAACUGUACAUUAGAACAGUUUAACUCUGGUCAGUCCCCUGUGCCUGGUCAUUAGAACAGUUUAACUGGUCAGUCCCCUGUGCCUGGUCAUUAGAACAGUUUAACUCUGGUCAGUCCCCUGUGCCUGGUCAUUAGAACAGUUUAACUCUGGUCAGUCCCCUGUGCCUGGUCAUUAGAACAGUUUAUCUGGUCAGUCCCUUGUGCCUGUGGGUUGGUCAUUAGAACAGUUUAACUGGUCAGUCCCUUGUGCCUGGUCAUUAGAACAGUUUAUCUGGUCAGUCCCCUGUGCCUGGUCAUUAGAACAGUUUAACUGGUCAGUCCCCUGUGCCUGGUCAUUAGAACAGUUUAUCUGGUCAGUCCCUUGUGCCUGGUCAUUAGAACAGUUUAUCUGGUCAGUCCCCUGUGCCUGGUCAUUAGAACAGUUUAAGUGGUCAGUCCCCUGUGCCUGGUCAUUAGAACAGUUUAUCUGGUCAGUCCCUUGUGCCUGGUCAUUAGAACAGUUUAACUCUGGUCAGUCCCUUGUGCCUAUGGGUUGGUCAUUAGAACAGUUUAACUCCAACCUGUGCCUGUGGGUAUAUGAAGCGAUUUCAGUGCCAACAGAAAUUGUAUUUUAAUUCCAUAAUUUUGAAUUUGUAUUAGAUGAUUGCAUUUGAAUUUGUAAUACACAAAUUGACUUCAUAAAUUGAAUUUAUAUUUCAAUAUUUGAGACUGAAUUGAGUAAAUAUUGUAUUGUUUUAAAAUUCAAUUUCAAUUUAAUUGAAUAUUCAAAUUCAAUGUUUAUAUAUUCCGUUUCAAUAUGGUACAUUGUGUAUUCUUAUGGGGGCCAAAUAGCGUUGUUGUUUUUUACACUCCCUUCUAACGCAGCCUGUGAUCAUCAUAGAGGGGAAUGGAAAGCACAUCCAUGUUCCAGAGAGUGUUAGCUUUCAGGAAUGGGCUCAUAAUAGCUUAUAGACAAAACGGUUCAAGUGCUAGAGCUAAAUUCAUAGGAAGAAAAUUAAUUCAACAUGCCAAAUUGGCUUCAGAAACCGCCAGAGGCUUCUGUUUACCACAGUGAGCUUUUCAUUCUAUCUGUUCUACUCUACUUUUCCUGGCUGGCAAAGUACCAGGAUGUUGUUGGCUGGCAAAGUACCAGGAUGUUGUUUCUGGUUUUUAAUCUGAAUUUAGAAAACGGAAUUUGAAAACUGAAUCUGAAUGCAUCUGAGAAGUUGAAUAUAUGAAACUUUGAUUAACUUGAAAUGGUAGUUUGUAAACUUGAUACACAGAAUGAAUGGAACAUCUACCAUAUUGAAACUGAAUAUAUGAAGAUUGAAUUUGAGUAUUCAAUUAUAUUGAAAUUGAAUUUUAACUGAAUGCAAUGUUCACUCAUUUAAGUUUCAAAUGAUGAAAUACAAGUUCAAUUUAUGAAUUCAAUGAUUAAAUUUGUGCAUUACAAUUCAAUAUCUAUCUCUAAUAAAAAUUCAAAAUUAUGCAAUUCAAUAUAUAUAUAUAUAUAUAUAUAUAUAUAUAUAUAUUUAUAAAGUGGGGAAAAAAAGUAUUUAGUCAGCCACCAAUUGUGCAAGUUCUCCCACUUAAAAAGAUGAGAGAGGCCUGUAAUUUUCAUCAUAGGUACACGUCAACUAUGACAGACAAAAUGAGAAUUUUUUUUCCAGAAAAUCACAUUGUAGGAUUUUUAAUGAAUUUAUUUGCAAAUUAUGGUGGAAAAUAAGUAUUUGGUCAAUAACAAAAGUUUCUCAAUACUUUGUUAUAUACCCUUUGUUGGUAAUGACACAGGUCAAACGUUUUCUGUAAGUCUUCACAAGGUUUUCACACACUGUUGCUGGUAUUUUGGCCCAUUCCUCCAUGCAGAUCUCCUCUAGAGCAGUGAUGUUUUGGGGCUGUCGCUGGGCAACACGGACUUUCAACUCCCUCCAAAGAUUUUCUAUGGGGUUGAGAUCUGGAGACUGGCUAGGCCACUCCAGGACCUUGAAAUGCUUCUUACGAAGCCACUCCUUCGUUGCCCGGGCGGUGUGUUUGGGAUCAUUGUCAUGCUGAAAGACCCAGCCACGUUUCAUCUUCAAUGCCCUUCCUGAUGGAAGGAGGUUUUCACUCAAAAUCUCACGAUACAUGGCCCCAUUCAUUCUUUCCUUUACACGGAUCAGUCGUCCUGGUCCCUUUGCAGAAAAACAGCCCCAACGCAUGAUGUUUCCACCCCCAUGCUUCACAGUAGGUAUGGUGUUCUUUGGAUGCAACUCAGCAUUCUUUGUCCUCCAAACACAACGAGUUGAGUUUUUACCAAAAAGUUAUAUUUUGGUUUCAUCUGACCAUAUGACAUUCUCACAAUCCUCUUCUGGAUCAUCCAAAUGCACUCUAGCAAACUUCAGACGGGCCUGGACAUGUACUGGCUUAAGCAGGGGGACACGUCUGGCACUGCAGGAUUUGAGUCCCUGGCGGCGUAGUGUGUUACUGAUGGUAGGCUUUGUUACUUUGGUCCCAGCUCUCUGCAGGUCAUUCACUAGGUCCCCCCGUGUGUUCUGGGAUUUUUGCUCACCGUUCUUGUGAUCAUUUUGACCCCACGGGGUGAGAUCUUGCGUGGAGCCCCAGAUCGAGGGAGAUUAUCAGUGGCCUUGUAUGUCUUCCAUUUCCUAAUAAUUGCUCCCGCAGUUGAUUUCUUCAAACCAAGCUGCUUACCUAUUGCAGAUUCAGUCUUCCCAGCCUGGUGCAGGUCUACAAUUUUGUUUCUGGUGUCCUUUGACAGCUCUUUGGUCUUGGCCAUAGUGGAGUUUGGAGUUUGACUGUUUGAGGUUGUGGACAGGUGUCUUUUAUACUGAUAACAAGUUCAAACAGGUGCCAUUAAUACAGGUAACAAGUGGAGGACAGAGGAGCCUCUUAAAGAAGAAGUUACAGGUCUGUGAGAGACAGAAAUCUUGCUUGUUUGUAGGUGACCAAAUACUUAUUUUCCACCAUAAUUUGCAAAUAAAUUCAUUAAAAAUCCUACAAUGUGAUUUUCUGGAGAAAAAAAAUCUCAAUUUGUCUGUCAUAGUUGACGUGUACCUAUGAUGAAAAUUACAGGCCUCUCUCAUCUUUUUAAGUGGGAGAACUUGCACAAUUGGUGGCUGACUAAAUGCUUUUUUCCCCCACUGUGUGUGUGUGUAUAUAUAUAUAUAUAUAUAUAUAUAUAUAUAAUAUAUAUAUAUAUAUAUAUAUAUAUAUAUAUAUAUAUAUAUAUAUAUAUAAAAAAUAAAAUAAAAUAAACGACAAACUAAAAAAUACAAAAAUUUCAAAAAAUUAAAACUACAAAAAAGAUAACAAAAAAAAAAAAAAAAAAAAAAAAAAAAAGGUAAUGUGGUAAAGUGGUUUGUCAUAAGGUGAAUGCCACCAAUUUGUAAGUCGCUCUGGAUAGAGCGUCUGCUAAAUGACGUAAAUGUAAAUACAAUUUCUGUUGGCACUGAAAUCGCUCCAUAUGGUCAGUCCAACUCUGGUGUAGUCCAACCUGGGCCUGUGGCUUGGUCAUGCGGUUGAAGCUGCCACCAAUCACACAUGUACAGUUAUUUUGAUUUGUAACAUCUGCGUGUGUUGUUCCCUCCAGACGUUGGUUGGUGACCCCAUCAUGAUCAGGCCGUCCCGGAACAGAGACCACCAGGCUACGUCGAUCAACCACCUCCUAACCGGGGAACCGACAUUCGAAACAACUAAACACCCCGAAUCUCAACCCUGUACCCCUACCCUCUAA